CAAUCGCUACGCUCGCGGUUGGCUCGAGCGAGAGGGCGCAUGGCCUUGGCCGCUGCUGCGGGGUAAUUCAGUCAAGGUUUCGGCCGAUGAACUUCCUCCGACGGGAGGAAGGAGACCCCGCCGCGGCCGGUCGUGGUGGGGAAGACGGGCCGACCAAUCGCGCCGGCACGGGGCCCGCCGUGCAGCCGACCGAUUGGUCGGGUCCGCAGCGGCCGCGACGGCACGGGCCCGCCGGCAACUUGUCAGUGACCUCCAACAUUGAAAAUACGAUGAACUCUCGGGGGCCCUGUAAGAGAGCGCACGGAGCAAUGUGUUGUGUGUCCUCUACUACAUACUAGGUAGCCAGGGCGUAGACAUUGUAGAUGGCCGAGGCGGCCUGACAGCCUGGCGAGCGCGCGAGCAGGCAGUCAGGCAGGCAGGUAGGCAGGCAGGCAGGCAGGCAGGCACAUCAAUCCCUCCCCUCCACCUCAAAGUUACUCAGAGUGCCGAGUAAGGGCUGCACGGCCCCCAGGUAACCAACACUCGGCAGCGCCGAACUCGAGUCAGACCAACGCGAACCUCCCUCGAGCGAAGACUUACUUUCACUCUCUCUUCAGGCUACCAUCCCGCCCGCUCGCUCUAACACCUGGCCGUAACCUUCCGGUGGGCAGAGAGAUAUCGCGCGCGUUCUCCCCGCGGAUCGAUUAUUUAUUUGGUGACCGGUCGUCAGUGAGCGUGGUGACAGUGAGGGAGAGAGAGAAAGAGAGAUAGAGGAAAAUUGAGAGAGAAAGACAGAGAGAGAGAGAGAUAAGAGAGGGAGAGAAAGGAGGGUGGACCGGCGAGAGCGAUGUCGUAAAAGUGGAGCCGACAUCGUCGUUUACCGAGUGCAGUGUCGUGGGUGCCGCUGGAUACCGCUCGCCGCCGUAAGAGAACGCCGGCGGUGAGCGUCGUCCCUCCGGGACGCGAAACAUGAUCCUCACGGCGGACAGUAGCGCGCAGGACACACCGGCCGAAUCGCUCGUCCGCAGCCUGCCGUCGCACGGUUCUUCCCGCGCGUCCACGCGCGUCGUCUCCACUCAGGGCAUGUCUAGUCCGUAUCACGUGGUGCAGUUGGCGGCCCACCGGCUCAGUCCGAGCAUGCCGACGAUGGACUCGACCGUCUCCUCCGCGAAGCCGGAGCCCGAGCUCAACAUAGAAUUCGACGGGACCACCGUGUUGUGUCGCGUAUGCGGUGACAAGGCGUCCGGUUUUCACUAUGGGGUUCACUCUUGCGAGGGCUGCAAGGGCUUCUUCCGCCGGAGCAUCCAGCAGAAGAUCCAGUAUCGGCCGUGCACGAAGAAUCAGCAGUGCAGCAUCCUCCGGAUCAACAGAAACCGCUGCCAGUAUUGCCGUCUCAAAAAGUGCAUCGCCGUCGGCAUGAGUCGUGAUGCGGUGCGAUUCGGCCGCGUGCCCAAACGCGAGAAGGCCAGGAUUCUGGCUGCCAUGCAGCAGAGCUCGCACAGCCGUUCUCAAGAGAAGGCGGUAGCGGCCGAGCUGGAGAACGAGCAGCGCCUGCUGACGACGGUGGUGCGGGCCCACCUCGACACAUGCGACUUCACCAGGGACAAAGUCGCCCCGAUCCUCGCCAGAGCCCGCGAGACUCCCAACUACACCGCGUGUCCACCGACCUUGGCAUGCCCCUUGAAUCCUAAUCCGCAGCCGUUGACCGGCCAGCAGGAGCUGCUGCAGGACUUCUCCAAGAGGUUCUCGCCGGCCAUACGCGGCGUCGUCGAGUUCGCGAAACGCAUACCUGGCUUCAGCCUGCUGGCUCAGGACGACCAGGUCACCCUACUGAAGGCGGGUGUGUUCGAGGUGCUGCUCGUACGACUGGCCUGCAUGUUCGACGCUCAAACCAACAGCAUGAUUUGCUUGAACGGCCAGGUGCUGAAACGCGAGUCCAUCCACAACAGUAGUAACGCGCGAUUCCUAAUGGACUCGAUGUUCGACUUCGCCGAGAGGGUCAACUCACUGGGCCUGUCCGACGCCGAACUCGGGCUCUUCUGUUCGGUGGUGGUGAUCGCCGCCGACAGACCCGGGCUGCGCAACACCGACCUGGUCGAGCGCAUGCACAACAAGCUGCGAAACGCCCUGCAGACGGUGCUGGCGCAGAACCACCCUCAGCAUCCCGAUAUCCUGCGGGAGCUGCUGAAGAAGAUACCGGACCUCCGGACUCUCAACACUCUCCACUCGGAGAAGCUGCUGGCUUUCAAGAUGACCGAGCAGCAGCAGCAGCUGCAGGCUCAGCAGCAGCAGACGCAGCACGUGAUCACCGCUCAGCCGCACUGGCCGAUGGAGGAGGAGCCGCCGGCCUCCUGGAGCUCCGCUUCGGACGUGACUCUGGACGAGGCGGUGAAGAGCCCGCUGGGCAGCGUCUCGAGCACCGAGAGCACCUGCAGCGGCGAGGUCGCCUCUCUGACGGAAUACCACCACGUCGCGCCGGCCAGCAGUCACCACGCGUCGAGCGCGCCUCUCCUGGCCGCCACCCUGGCCGGCGGGCUCUGCCCGCACAGACGACGAGCGAACUCCGGCAGCACCAGCUCCGGCGACGACGAGCUCCAUCGCUCCGCCGUGUCCAAGACACCGCAACCGCCGCAGUGCUCGCGGUUCCGCAAGCUGGACUCGCCGAGCGACAGCGGAAUCGAGUCCGGCACCGAGAAGCCGGACAAGCCGGCCAGCAGCAGCGCCAGCAGCGCGCCCACCUCCGUCUGCUCGAGCCCGCGCUCCGAGGACAAGGAGGUCGAGGACAUGCCGGUGCUGAAGCGCGUGCUGCAGGCGCCGCCGCUCUACGACACCAACUCGCUCAUGGACGAGGCUUACAAGCCCCACAAGAAGUUCCGCGCCCUCCGGCAGAAGGACUCCGCCGAGGCCGAGCCGGCCGUGGUGGUCCAGCACUCCCAGCUGCACCUGCACCUCACCUCGCCGCCGGCGCCAAGUCCACCCGCGGCCCAGUGCCAGCAGACCGCCAGUCUGCUCAGCAGCACGCAUUCCACCUUGGCGAGGAGCCUGAUGGAGGGCCCGCGGAUGACGCCGGAGCAAAUGAAGCGCACCGACAUCAUACACAACUUCAUAAUGCACGGCGAGGCCAGUCCCGGAUCGCCGUCGCCGGCGGAGCAGUGCGCCUCCACCACCACCGUGACCGCGCGCUCCACCCAGGGCUCUCAGGGCCUCCUGCAGUGCGCCACCGCGAGCUACAGGUGGCCGGCCACCUCGGUCAUCACGACGACCACGGGCGCGCGACAGCAGUCUUCCUCGGACUACCUCGCUGUCGGCAACUCCCCGGCCUCGUCGCCGAGGUAUCUGUCCGCGGCGGCGACCAGCAGUACCAGCACCAGUCCGAGGCCGAGCACCGCCGCGGCCACGCUCGUCCUCUCCGGUUGUCCCAGCAACAUGAUGGAGCUGCAGGUCGACAUCGCGGACAGCCAGCAGCCGUUGAACCUCUCGAAGAAGUCCCCCUCGCCCUCGCCAUCGCCCAGACCGUUGCUCGGACCCUGCAAGGCUCUCUCCCUCGAGGCGUAGUGUUCUCGCGUGCUCGAGUGAUCUCCCGUGACGCGUGGAACCUUCGAUCCUUCGAUGAGAUAUCCGCCGGCGCGGACUCUCUCGCCGGUGGUGACGCGGUGCAACCUUUCCCGGCCCCUCGACUAAUACAAAGUGCCAGGACGCUCAGAGCGCGUGACAAACCAAAUAAUUUAUUAAUUUAAAACCGCUAAUCGCGCCCGAGAGAGAGAGAGAGAGGGAGAGAGGAGGUGGAGGUUACAGAGAGGGAAACGAACGUGGUAUUACCACCGCCGCCUCCGCGUGUAAUAUUCACAGACGGACGCGUUCAGUACCGCGUCAUUCAGUUGCCGAGUGUGCGAGAAGGAAGAAAAAUAAGCAACAUGACGACGCUCGCGCGCGACGAGUGCCGUUCCGCGGAAGAGCAACGCGCAGGGGAGCCAGCGAUCCACCUAAAACUACCUAUCUACCUGUCUACCUACCUAAAAAAAAAAAACCUAUCUGCUCUAGAUGUACAUCUAGAAGAUGGAGCAUCCGCGACGGAAAAAUAAAAACGAAAGGUUGAGUGUUACAGAAAUUAAUAAUCUAUCUACAUGUGAUAAUCAUGGAAAUCGCGCAUCCUGUACAGUCUCCACCUCAUUCAUCGAUCAUCUGUACUCUAUUAUAAUUAUUGAAUAUUAUAAAACUAAUUAAUAUUAUUGUAAUAUGUGUAAGGUAUCAUAACCGUAACAAAUUAUCAUUUCGUGUAUGUGUGUAGAUGGAGACGUGUGUGACACUCUUGUACGAAUGGCGAGAGAGAGAGAGAGAGAGAGUGAACGAGAGAGAGCGAGAGAGGGAGAGAAAGGGAAAUAUACCGGGAGAACGUGGAAGCGAGAAAGACGGAUCGUGCGAGUGGACGAGUGAGCGUGCUUGUGCAAAUGAGUCGGGGCAAAUCGAAAAGCUUCUCGAAUCGCGCGGUGGCAACCGAGAAACGGAAUCGCGCACGCGAUUUUCAACAUUUAAGCGUUUUGUUAUGAGACUGAUCGGCCCGCCGCGGGCCACCAGUUUGCAAUUACCGUACCUUUAUACUACGUGUCGUGUCUCUCUCUUCGUCGGGGAAACGACUCGCGAAGUAAUUAUAUCCUUUAAUCGCGCCGUAUAGCGAGAUAUAGGUAUCGUAGGCCCGCUUAAACGCGUUAUACAAUAUUAUGUGUCGUGUGUGCAUGCAUGAAAGUCGGACGGAUAGCUCGAGAACAGAGUCGCGAAAGAGAAAGCGGAGAUACGGAGGAAAGAAAGGGAAGAGUAAAAGAGUAACACAGGAGGAGAGAGCGAAAGAGGGGGAAAGAGAGAGACAGAAGCCGCGAAGCGUUCGAGCAAAGCGGAGCUCCGAUAGGAUGGCGAAGCGCAAUGUAAAUAGUAGAUACGUAAGACUAUGUCCUGGUAGGCGCGAAUGAAACCUCUUCUGCUUCGACGAAAUCUCGAGGGAAAGUUAGAAGAUACGCGGCGGGCCGCUGCUGACGUGUUGUUGAGACGCCCGCCCUCGUACCACUCCCCCCCCCCCAAUCACCCCGCAUUCCCGAAACCCCAGCAUGAAUAUCGCAUCGAGAAACACGCGUACACACCCGCAAUACACACACACACGUACACACGCUGAAUCGAGCGAACAAACCGUUCUUGAAACAGUCGUAGAAACACUUACGGCCUCCUUCCGACGCGGACUAGAUACCCCCCCUCCCCUACCCCUUCCCGUCGGUUCGGCUCGAAAGGAGCUCCGCGUCAAGCAAGUCGAUACACACUCUCGCGUGCCGGCUCCGUCCUCGCGUCAGCCGUAUCGAAAGCGAGUCACGAUGAAAUUCGGCCGAAUUAAAAGGGAAUCUAGCCCCGAGCCUGGAACGGGUCGUUGACGAGAAAACACAUUCAGUCUCCCGGCUGUGUGAAGUAUCAUCCCCAGCCCGAGAUAUUCCUAACACACACACACAUACACACCCAGCUUAGAAGCCUCUCUGUAUUUAUUGUAUCUAAAACGCAUCUCCUUCGCCGUGUCGCGUGUGUCGCGCGUCCACCUGUUUGUCCAAGCGAACCCUCGUAGGAUCCUUUCUCUGGCUGUCUUUACAAGAUACAGACACACUCACACACACAUAUCAGACACGCUCACACAGACAGAUAUAAACACGGUACGCAAGUGCACACACACACAUCUACGACAGCGACACGCAUCUUUUGCAUACACACACACACACAUAAAACUCGAACUCUGUACGAACACUUGUCUUGUCCCUUUCCCCGCAGACAACCUAGCGUUGAUAUUCGUAAUACUUGUUAUGCAUAAACUACACAUAAUGAUUAUUAUAGUAAACGAUACAUAAAAUAUGAUAUAUUUCCCUAUCCAUUAAGAAGGAAAAUACAAACAGCUGUUGUUUCUGGUGGAAAAAAAAAACGAAAAAAUAUGGAUAAAACGUACUCUACUACAUGCAAGAAUACAAAUGCAGCCCCGCAUAUUGCCCAGUGAGCACGUCAUUUUGUACGCUUGGGAGUUGUGAGGUCGUCUGAAUAAACAUUGUCUGGUGAAUUAUACA